UUGGUCGAGGGGAAUAAGGGGCGGGGCGUCGCCCUGAGAUCACAGAGGCGCACUGUACGAGAGGGCGGAUCUGACUCUGCACAUCGGCCAACACUACAGCGUACUGAAUUUUAAAAACAACAACAACGGGAGGAUGGACUUCAGUUUACGUGAUGCCUUCACAGAUGGGGCACCUAAGGCAACCCAGGACAGCCUGCUGAAGAGGGAUUUUGUGGCUGGGUUGGAGGCACAGACCUAUGAUGAUAAAGUGGGUGAGACUGUUGGGAAGACAGACUACCGCCCCCUUCUGGAUGGGAUGGAUGGCAAAAGGGAAGGGUCUGGGUUCUUGUCUGCAGGCCAGACUGGAGGGCAACGUCAGGACCCUCAGGGAGAUAUCCAUCCCAGCCCGCCUGGACAAUAUAUGUAUAAGAAUGACUUUCAAUCAGGCCCAACAUCAAUGAUUGAAAAGCCUGUCCAAUUAGGAAACCAGCAGAUGGGAUCUACUGUGAAGGACAACAGCAUGGACUCUUUUCUGGGGUUCUCUCAGCCUGGAAUGAAUAUUGGUAUGAAUAUGAAUGUUGGCAUGGCCCCUUUCCAGAGCUCCAAACCCCCCAGCAUGGGUGAACCUCAGAAGACCUCACCCUUGUUUGCCAAUGAACCACCCAAACCAUCCCAGAUAACUGCUCAUCUGAGUGAUACAAGCCCUCGUAACAGCCUGGAAAAUUCUACAGAAGUUUGGGGAAGCCCUUGGACAGGUGAGGAAAUGCUCUCUACGGAGCAGUCCCAUGCUUCCAACAAGGCAGAACAGAGUCGAACUGAUGCCUUGGGUUCCCAGAGUCAAGAUGCAGCAUCCGGUGAGGAAAAGUCCAUCGAGGAAGGAACCGAAAAGCAGCAGAAGCGAAAAAAGAAGAAACGCAAGAACAGGGAAGAAAUGUAUGACCUUCUGGACAGUCUUGGUUCCCCUGACUCAGAAGAGACUCCUUCUGAAAGCUCCAACCACGGCUGCCCCUCACCUCCUAGUAGGGACGAAGAGAUGUGGGAAAGCGAGAUCCAAGAAAGAGGGGGAGGACGCAUCAAGGCCAAGAAGAGUAAAAGCAGGAUGAAGCUACCAGAAGAAUGGAGUGCUCCUUCAACUGUAAUGGACUGUAGCAGCCCUAAUUUGGGUGAUUCAAAACCCCCAUCCAGUACUAGCAUAGAUCAGGGAAGUGCACAGCCCUCACUCACACCUGAAACUCUGAACCUCACGGACACCCAAGCAUGCACACCCCAACCGCCCGGGCAAGCGCAAACCUCCUUAUUCGCGAAUCCCAUAAAUGACUCAACUCUCAAAAUUAACAAGGAUAUGUUGGAGAAGGAUAAAUCAACUAAAGAUGAUAUCAAUAAGUCUAACCUAGAGUUGCCUGGUAUUCACCCUUCAGAUCAGUUACCCAAGGACCCAAAUGAUCCUGACCAGAAGUCAACCCUUGCCCUUAGUCCAACUCAGACUGUUAUGUUCCUUGACUCUGUGCUACAGGCACAGACCCCAGAUGCAAGCCCCCCAUCCCAGAGCACCCCAGUGAAAACCCCCAUCCCUCACAGCACUGCCCCAGAGGCUGCUCCUGAUCUGACCACUGGCCCACUGUCCAUCGGCACAGACAUCCCUGCCUGUCAGAGUGCACCAGCUGUUAGUCACUCUUCCCCAACAAUUCCCCCCAGCACUGCAGUGAACUUAAACCCCGAGGCUACGCCUUUCAUCCCUUCACAAACAGAGCAGCAGGAGCCCCCGUCGGCACAGCCCCCCCUACUGGAAGUGAAAGAAGAUAAGACAGCCAAAGAGAAAAUGGAGAAGGUGAAAGAUGCUCCGAAGAUGGACAACAUCAACAUACUUGAGAAGCAAGACAAGCCUGAGAAAAUUGAGAAGAUUGAUCACCUGGACAAGAAAGAUGAAAUAACAAAGAAAGCAGACAGUGUGGAUAAGACUCAGAAGAGUGAGCAAAUAAUCAAGGAUGAGAAGAAACAGGAGAAACAGGAUAAUAAAGCUGAGAAAAACGAGAAGGUUGAGAAAGUAGACAAACCUGAGAAGACAAAAAAGGAGAAAGAGGAGAAGAAAGACAAAGGAGAAAAAGUGGACAAGACAGCCAAAGCUGAGAAGAAUGCAACGGCUGCUAAAGGACCUGCUAAGUCUCCAACAGCUAAUGGCAGCAAGGAGGUGACCAGCCCAGAUAGUAAGGCCAAGCCUUCAGUUGGGUCAACCAAACAAAGCUCAGCAAGACCAAACUCGCUGUCCACUGGAGACAGUGCAGGUGCCACCAAACGUACCUCUCCCACCACCAACUCUGCCAAUAAAAAAAGCCCUAUGCCCAAGGCAACAACCCCCACUGCUGGCACCAAGAAAACCCCCACCACCACAUCUACUCUUGAGACUAGGGCCAAGUCUUCUGAGACAGCAACUCAGCGUCGCCCUCCAGUGCCAAAGGCUAAAGCUGCAUCUGCUACGAAUUCUAAAAACGGCACUACUAGCACUCCAACUACCACCUCUGCCCGACGCUCCUCUGCUACAAAGACUGAAAACCAAGCAGGAGAGGUGAAAAAGACAAGUGCAAAGACAACACCAGUUAAAACAACUCCAAGAACAACUCGCACACCAUCAGCCACCGUGGUAGUUGCCACCAGCACAGCAGCCACCAAUGGGACCCCGACCCCUCGUCCCUCCCGCAUCACCAAACCCCCCGUACCCAAGCAGACUCCCCUAGAGAAGAAGCCUCCUGUACCUCGAGCCCCCCGAAACGUCCGGCCCACCAACGCACCACUGCCAGAUCUAAAAAAUGUGCGCUCCAAAAUCGGUUCCACUGAUAACAUGAAGUACCAGCCUGGAGGAGGCAAGGUCUCUGCAGCCCAGGGCAAGACCGAUGCUCUGCCAAAGACCAGCCAGGGCAAAGUUCAGAUAGUCCACAAAAAGCUAGACUUCAGCCAUGUCACCUCCCGAUGUGGCUCCAAGGACAAUAUCAAGCAUAUUCCUGGUGGAGGAAAUGUUCAGAUUUUAAAUAAAAAGGUUGACUUGAGCAAAGUGACCUCUAAAUGUGGAUCCAAGGACAACAUAAAGCACAAGCCAGGUGGUGGUGAUGUGAAGAUUGAAUCCCAGAAGGUUAAUGUCAAGGCCAAGGCCAAAGUGGGAUCAAUGGACAAUGUAGGCCAGGAACCAGGAGGUGGCAAUGGCAAGGCUGAGGGGGUUCAGCAGAAAUCUGAGGGAAGCCCAUCUCCCCCUGUUGUCUCUCCACCUGUGCAGGCAGGCAAUGGGGCAAAGGAGAACGGGCUGAAAGAGCACUCUCCUGCUCCCGUACCUUCUUUGGGAGAGGGGCCCCGGGACUCCCAGGGCUUGGACAAGCGCAUCCCUGGGACAAAUUGAGUCCUACAAGCUGAACUUCCGCGAGAAAGCACGAGCUCGCACGGACCACGGCGCUCAAAUCAUCUCCUGGUCCUCCCUGAGUGGCAGCCACCCCCACCCACAUCGCAGCACCUCUCUCAGUGUUUCUCUGGGGUCCGCCAUGUCCUCACACACAACCCAGCUUGUCCCAUUC